AUGACUGUAAUUAUCACGAUUGCAACUACUGUGUAUAGCUAGAAUGUUAAUUUGGGUUCUUUAUCUUACAAUAACAACUGCUUUGCUUGCGUGUAUAACGGCCAUAGAUAUUGCAUGACUACUGGUUUUUGCGCAUCAUAGAGUAUUUCUUAUAAAUGUGCUGAUAAUGCCACUUAUAAUUCUACCACUGGCUGUCCUAUAAAAAAUUACUGUAAUGGAACAGGUUAGCAUGGUGUUAUUUGGCUUCAUGAUUUGAAUCAGACCAACUAAACCAAUUCAACUUCUAAUAAUUCAUCAAUUUCUCCGUAUAAUCCUUAUCUCUACACGAAAUUAAACGGAAGUGUGACAGUAAACAUACCCUAUAAUGAGUCAUGCUUUCUAGCAAUCAUUAAUCAAGACAGGAAAAAUUAGACAUGGAGAAUCAGGGGAGCUAAUGUAUCUACUGAGGCUUUAACUUUUAGAUUCCCAGAGAGUACAACUAGGGAAACUAAUUUAACUAACUUCACUAUAACUCCAUAUGAUAAUGUGAAGCUAUUGUAUUUAGGCACAGUUAUAAAUGGAAUCAAGACACCACCUAAAGUGACUUUAUCCUGGGAAAACCCUCCUGAUCCUCCCAAGGUAAUCUAAGUUGAUACCUCAGCUUAAUCAAAUCUAAGACUGAGUUUUGGAAUACUAUUCUGUAUUUCAUUGCUAAUGCACUCAUUGAGCAUGAUAUGA